GCUGCGGCAGCGGCGGGAGACUCGGCGCGGCCACCGGCGACGGCGAGCCGCACGCGGAGCAGUCGAGAAAGUAGGUCGGCGCUCAACAAAAGAGUCGGGCCGCCUCCUCUCAGGCGGAGCUGCGGGAGGACGCUCCAUGUUGGGAAGCGGCGCCGCUCGCCCUCGUUAGCGGGAAUCGGGGCGCCGCGGGGCAGAGCCGCCGGGGGCCGGGCCCUGAGCGAAGAUGGAGGCCCCGCCGCGGCCUGCCGCGGACAUCCUGAGGCGGAACCCGCAGCAGGACUACGAGCUCGUCCAGAGGGUCGGCAGCGGCACCUACGGAGACGUGUACAAGGCCAGAAAUAUACAUACUGGAGAGUUGGCUGCAGUAAAAAUAAUCAAAUUGGAGCCUGGAGAUGAUUUUUCUUUGAUUCAACAAGAAAUAUUUAUGGUUAAAGAAUGUAAACAUUGCAACAUCGUUGCCUACUUUGGGAGCUAUCUCAGUCGUGAAAAACUGUGGAUCUGCAUGGAGUACUGUGGAGGCGGAUCACUUCAAGAUAUUUAUCAUGUUACUGGGCCAUUGUCAGAAUUGCAAAUAGCGUAUGUAUGCCGAGAAACCUUACAGGGUCUUGCCUAUUUGCACACAAAAGGAAAGAUGCAUAGAGAUAUCAAAGGUGCAAAUAUUCUACUGACAGACCAUGGUGAUGUAAAAUUAGCUGAUUUUGGUGUGGCUGCAAAAAUAACAGCUACCAUUGCGAAGAGAAAAUCUUUUAUUGGUACCCCUUAUUGGUUCACUCUGAUUAUUAACUGUAGUAGUAAACAUAUUUUAAUAUUGUUCUUUAACUUAAAUUUUUAUUUCAGGGCUCUCUUCUUAAUGUCGAAAAGCAAUUUUCAGCCACCAAAGCUAAAGGACAAAUCAAAAUGGUCAUCAACUUUUCAUAAUUUUGUCAAAAUAGCACUAACCAAAAAUCCCAAAAAAAGACCAACUGCUGAAAGACUUCUAACACACACAUUUGUUGGACAGCCAGGUCUGUCUAGGGCACUAGCAGUUGAACUGUUGGACAAAGUGAACAAUCCAGACAACCAUGCACAUUAUACCGAAGGAGAUGAUGAUGACUUUGAGCCCCAUGCUGUCAUUCGUCAUACAAUUAGAUCUACAAACAGGAAUGCCAGAGCUGAACGGACAGCUUCAGAAAUAAAUUUUGAUAAAUUACAGUUUGAGCCUCCUCUGAGAAAAGAAACGGAAGCACGUGAUGAAAUGGGAGUAUCCUCAGACCCAAACUUUGUAUUACAUUGGAAUCCUUUUGUUGAUGGUGCAAAUACUGGCAAAUCGACCUCAAAACGUGCAAUCCCACCCCCUCUGCCUCCUAAGCCAAGGAUCAGCAGUUACCCUGAAGACAACCUCCCAGAUGACGAAAGAUCAUCAACCAUAAAACGUUGCCCUGAUUCAGACAGCAGGGCUCCCCAUGUGCUCAGAAGACAGAGCAGCCCAAGCUAUGGUCCUGUAGCAGAGUCGUCCUCUAUUGGAAAUGGGGAUGGGAUCUCCAAGCUGAUGAGUGAAAACACAGAAGGAUCAGCACAAGCACCGCAGUUACCACGGAAGAAGGACAAACGAGACUUCCCUAAACCAGCCAUUAAUGGCCUUCCACCUACCCCAAAAGUGCUGAUGGGAGCGUGUUUUUCAAAAGUUUUUGAUGGCUGCCCUUUGAAAAUUAAUUGUGCAACAUCCUGGAUACAUCCUGAUACAAAAGAUCAAUACAUUAUUUUUGGAACUGAAGAUGGAAUUUACACAUUGAAUCUCAAUGAGCUACAUGAGGCAACCAUGGAACAGUUAUUUCCACGAAAGUGUACCUGGCUCUAUGUUAUCAAUAAUACUUUAAUGUCAUUAUCAGAAGGAAAAACCUUCCAGCUCUAUUCUCAUAAUCUUAUAGCUUUGUUUGAACAAGCCAAAAAACCAGGAUUGGCUGCCCAUAUUCAAACUCAUAGAUUUCCAGACCGCAUACUGCCAAGAAAGUUUGCUUUAACAACAAAGAUUCCCGAUACAAAAGGCUGCCACAAGUGUUGCAUAGUCAGAAACCCUUACACAGGACACAAGUACCUCUGUGGAGCUUUACAGUCCGGCAUUGUUUUACUCCAGUGGUAUGAGCCGAUGCAGAAGUUCAUGUUAAUCAAGCACUUUGAUUUUCCUUUGCCAAGUCCUUUGAAUGUUUUUGAAAUGCUGGUCAUCCCAGAACAAGAAUAUCCCAUGGUCUGUGUAGCUAUUAGCAAGGGCACUGAAGCAAAUCAGGUAGUUCAGUUUGAGACAAUCAAUUUGAAUUCUACAUCUUCGUGGUUUACAGAGAUUGGCACAGGCAGCCAGCAAUUAGAUUCCAUCCAUGUAACACAGUUGGAGAGAGAUACUGUUCUAGUGUGUUUGGACAAAUUUGUAAAAAUUGUAAACCUACAAGGAAGAUUAAAAUCAAGUAAGAAAUUGGCCUCUGAGCUAAGUUUUGAUUUUCGCAUUGAAUCUGUAGUGUGCCUUCAGGACAGUGUAUUGGCUUUCUGGAAACAUGGAAUGCAGGGCAAAAGCUUCAAGUCAGAUGAGGUUACCCAGGAGAUUUCCGAUGAAACAAGAGUUUUCCGCUUACUUGGAUCUGACAGGGUUGUCGUUUUGGAAAGCAGGCCAACAGAAAAUCCUACUGCACACAGCAACCUCUACAUCUUAGCUGGACAUGAAAAUAGUUACUAAGCAAUAGGAAUGAAUCUCACAUAACAAGAAAGGAAUAUAAUCCGUUGAAAGCAAAGACAUUUCGAGGAAAUUCAGUGCAAACUUCGGUCUGAUUUGCUUUAACUAUUAUGGGUUAUAUUUCAGGUUAUCUGUAUUUUAGGGUAGAAUUCAGUAUUUUCUGUAGCUGGAAACAGCUAGUCUUAUCUCUUGCCACUGUGUGGUGGUUUUAUCAAGUUUGCUUAAUAAAAGCGAUGAGACAAACAGUCCUCAAGUUCCAGGAAACACAGUCUUUUUUAAAAAAAUAAUGUUUGUAACAAGGGUGCCAUGGUAUUUUUAAGUAACUCAAGUGAUUAUCUUCAGAGGGAUACAUUUAAUGACAUUUUAUCAUUUUCUACCACGUCUUUCUUACUCCUUCUUAAUGAUCAUAAUUUUAUAAAGAAAUUACCAAACAAGCCUUUCACUUCUGCAUUGGCCAUUCUGUAUGUUUUUGUAAAAUAGAAUAUUUAAUCCUUAUUUAUUAAUCUCUUGCUGGAGUGGUGUAAUGUAUCUAACUUUUAGCAAAAGAAGGUUGCAGAGCAGCUUAGGUUUUUUUUUUAUGAUAUGUAAAAUUUGGUUUACUUUUUAAAGGUAAUACUUCAAGGACUUAAGAUGUGUUUGAGGGUUCAACACAUACACGCAUUUCCAUUUAACAAAAAAAUUUUGUAAUACAAUUUCAUGCAGAAUUGUCUUAAAAGGAAGGUUUUUUUUUUAUUAUUAUUCAACUACAAAUAGUUGAAUGGCAUCAGAUAGAAAAGAUAGUGAUGAUGAUUGUAAUAUCCUUGGGAGAGAUGUAUAUGUCUAGGUGUGACUACCACAUAUAUGGGUUCUUGACAAGCAGUAUAAUAUACCUGUGAUGUUUUUCUUUUACAUUAGGGAUAAUGCAUGUGAAAUUAAUCACCAUAUAUAUUAUCAUCCCUAAUGAGAGGGGGGCAGUAUUUAACUAUGAUAUGUAUUUUACUUAUACUAUGCCAAAGGGAAAACAUAAAGCCAGUACACUUGUAAUCUGGGGUUUUCACAUAUUUAGGUUUUUGUUUUGAGUAGGUUUAAGGGGAAAAAUGUUUGAAUAAAAUUGAAUUACUGAUGGGAUAGUAUAAAUAAGUAUUAUAAAAGCCAGUAUUCUAAAAAUAAGGAAGAAUGCAGCCAUUUUUGAGUAUAUUUCUUUUGUUGUUUCUGUUCAAAAUUUAAAUGUCUGUACCUGUUAAUUGAAUGCAUUUGUUGAGAAAAGCACUGGGAUGGACCGGGGUUAGCAAGAUCAAAUUAUAAGAUUUUUCUGACCAGUUGAGAGGAAAAUAAGCAUAACUAUCUCAUUCAAUCUCAAGCAGUUUUGUCAAGUAUUAUCAUCUCCAUCUUUCAGCUGAAGGAAUGAGGGUUUAGCAAGUUGAGAGACUUACCCACUUCACACAGCAAGUCAGUGGUUGAGCCAGACUAGGAGUCUUAUGACUCUGUUAUUUUCACUAUGCAAUAUGCAAACAAUAAAAUAUUAUACCAA